AUGCCGACGGCGCCGAGGGAAUCAGUUGGAACCGCCGGCAACGGUGCAAUCGUAGCGGGGUUGGCUAUGGCUUUGGCGGCAUGGCCGUGCUUCGACUCCAGCUCCACUGCUGGAAGGCUCGUCUUCGUUCGCGGUAUAGUUGAGGCCAAGUCCGCCGAUCAUUACUGUAUUUCCUUGUCCGGCAAGGCAGCUGUUGCGAUUCAUAGAACUUUCUAUAAGUACUUCUCUAAAGAUUGGAGAGACUUAUUUCUGCCAAUUUCUGAAUUAAGCACACGCAUGGAGGAAUUUCAUAAAAAACGUUGUUGGGUUCCAUUUAAAAAGGUCCCUUUUAUUCUUGUUGAAGGUCGUCAAAAGCCUCCUUUGGAUUACAUUGUUGUGAAGCUGGAUUUCAUGUCAGGUUCCUAUCCUCACAUUUUGAGUGAUGUAAUACCUCUUGAGAUAACCUAUGGAACGUUUGUCAGUGACGGGAAGAUGAAAUUCUUCCAAUUGGAAAGCGUAUCAGUGCAGUGGGCAUGUGCUGUCGUGAAAAUGGAGUUCUUGUCAUUAGCCGCUAUGAAGACAUUGAAUUUUUCUUGUAAGGGGACUAAUUUUAGAAGUAAGGAUGAGUUGGUGGAAAAGGUUUCAUCACGAAGCAGGGUUCUUCAAAACUUAGGCGCUAUCUUUGGAAAUUUGGGACUUGGAUUCUUUACCUAUACUGGUGUGAGCAAUGGUCCUCCAGACUUGGUAAAUCAGUCUUCUGGUUCAAUAGUUAGUUUCUUCUAG